AUGAAAUCGAAAAAGAAAGAAAAGUCAUUAAUCAAAGAGCUUGAUGCAAUUAGAUCUUUAAAAAAUGAAAGCAUAGAUUUGAGAGAGUUGGAAGAGAAAAUGGUUAAAUUAAUUGAAAAAGCAGCUCAAUAUUAUCAAGAUUAAUUGGAUAAUAAUAUGGCUUAAUUUUAUUUUGAAUAUGGUAGUAUUUUAGUUUAAAUAUUGGAAUAAUCUUAAGAUUCUGUAGAGAAUUCAUUAAAUUGUGUAGAGAUAUCAAGAAAUGAUAGAGAAUUGAAAAAUACACAAUUGGCUUUUGAAAAUUUAGAAGCAGCAAAAACAAUCAUAAGAAAUAGAUUGGAUAAGUAAAAUAUAGAGAUGUAUAAAUUAUAAGAAUAAUUGCAAUGUAAAUAUAAUUUAUAUAUUAAAAAUAGAGAUUAGAUCGAAAAUUAAUGAGACUGAAUUAGAAAUGAGUUUAAUUUUGAUAAGAAUAGGUGAUCUUUAAACUUGGAGAGAGGAUUAUAAGGAUGGAUUAUUAAAUUUUUAUGCAGCAUUAGAUAUAUUGAAAAAUUCAUAUAAUUAUAAAGAACUUAGUGCAGUACAUUUUAAAAUUGGAAAUGCAAUUCUUUUAUAAAAUGAUAAUGGUUGUGAAAAAUUGAGUUUAAAUCAUUUAGAAUAAUCAUUUCGUUAUUGUUAUUAAUAACUCUAUAAUAAAGAAUGUGAUUUAGAUUUAAGUGAAAAGAAUUUAUCAAAGAUUAUUCUUGAUAAUGAUUUAUUAAAAAUGUUAAUAGAAAAAAUAGAAGAUACUUAUAUUUAGUUAAAUGAAGUAAAUGCAUGUUAAAAAGAGAUAGAAAAAUGGAAAAAUUCAGAACCAAUUUUGUAACAGGAAAUAUAAUAUUUAGGAAAAAUAAGUAGAUAAUCAAAUGAAAUAAAUGGUAUUCAAAUAAAAAGAAAAAUUUGA